ACAUGUGCUACACGCUUUGAACAGCGCGCCCGCAUCUGCCAGUGGGUUUCACUUGUAACUCACGAAGCUGCAGGGUUCUCUUCUACAGACAGACCGCACUUUGAACCAGCCGUCGAGCAGAUGGUGCUGCUCGAGGCUAGCGCCCGACGCCAAGCCACCUAUGAUGCAGCUGUGCGAGGCAGGUGCGGCCAGUGGAUCCAAGCUUCCUCCCACCAAGCACAGCUCGAGCACCACCACGACAUCGCAUCGCCCACGAGCCCCCUCGCCGCGACUGUCUACCUCCUGCGGAGCGCUCCCUCAUUCCACCAGCUUCGCUCUCUCCGACAGCCACCAUGGCCGGCCUCGACCCCCGUAUGAUGAAGGUCUCGCCGCGGUUACGGUACAACACAAUCGGCGGCGUCAACGGGCCAUUGGUCAUCCUCGACAAUGUCAAAUUUCCCAAGUACAACGAGAUCGUCUCUUUGACACUGCCUGACGGCACAGAGCGGUCUGGUCAGGUCUUGGAAGCUCGAGGAAACCGCGCAGUCGUCCAGGUUUUCGAAGGCACCUCUGGAAUCGAUGUCAAGAAGACCAAAGUAGAGUUCACAGGCCACAGCUUGAAGCUCGGUGUGUCUGAAGACAUGUUGGGCCGUAUCUUCGACGGAUCAGGUAGAGCCAUUGACAAGGGUCCUAAGGUGCUUGCGGAGGACUACCUUGAUAUCAACGGCAGUCCCAUCAACCCCUACUCCCGAGUCUACCCCGAAGAAAUGAUCUCCACCGGUAUCUCCGCCAUUGAUACCAUGAACUCGAUCGCCCGUGGCCAGAAGAUUCCCAUUUUCUCUGCCUCCGGUCUUCCGCACAACGAAAUCGCUGCUCAAAUUUGCCGACAAGCCAGUCUGGUUGGAAAGCCAACCAAGGGCGUACACGAUGACCACGACGAUAACUUCUCUAUCGUCUUUGGUGCCAUGGGUGUGAACUUGGAGACAAGUCGCUUCUUCACGCGAGAUUUCGAGGAGAACGGCAGUAUGGAGCGCGUCACGCUGUUCCUCAACUUGGCGAACGACCCUACUAUCGAGCGUAUUAUCACUCCUCGUCUGGCGCUUACCACGGCUGAGUACUACGCUUACCAGCUCGAGAAGCACGUCUUGGUCAUUCUCACUGACUUGUCCUCCUAUUGCGAUGCCCUCCGUGAAGUCUCGGCUGCUCGUGAAGAAGUGCCCGGUCGUCGUGGUUACCCCGGUUACAUGUACACAGAUUUGUCGACCAUUUACGAGCGCGCAGGACGUGUCGAGGGACGAAACGGCUCAAUCACUCAGAUUCCUAUUUUGACUAUGCCUAAUGACGACAUCACCCACCCCAUCCCCGAUUUGACCGGCUACAUUACCGAAGGCCAGAUCUUCAUUGACCGUCAGCUCGACAACAAGGGUAUCUACCCACCCAUCAACGUCCUGCCCUCCCUAUCUCGUCUCAUGAAGUCCGCCAUCGGCGAAGGCCGCACCCGAAAAGACCACGGCGACGUCUCCAACCAGCUCUACGCUAAGUACGCCAUCGGUCGCGAUGCCGCCGCCAUGAAGGCCGUCGUCGGAGAGGAAGCUCUCUCCUCGGAAGAUAAGCUUUCACUCGAGUUCCUCGAGAAGUUCGAGCGCACCUUCAUCGCACAGUCGGCGUACGAGUCGCGCACCAUUCACGAGUCGCUCGACCUCGCCUGGUCGCUGCUGCGCAUCUUCCCCAAGGAGCUGCUCAACCGUAUCCCGGCUAAGGUGCUUGAUCAGUUCUACGCGAGGAGUCGGGACCGGGAGGGCAAGGGCGAGGAGAAGAAGAAGGGGAGCAAGGACACGAGGGAUAACUCUGGGGAGGGGCAGCAGGAUGGAGAGAAUCUGAUUGAUGUAUAGAGGAUGGGCGCCAGGAGCGGAUAUAGAUCAUGAUUGUUGAGUGUGUUUUGAGUGUAUUGAGUAAAUAGCUACAUCGAACGUUUCGUGCCAUCUUGUAUUGUUGGUCUUGUUUCCUGUGUGUUUGUGCAAGGUGGGGGCAAGGUCUAACUUGCGUAUGGUGAGUGUUGAGAGUAAGGUGGGCUGCGGGGAUGAGUCAAUGUCAAUGGGAGCAGAGUAUAUGUUUAGACAUUUAGUAUAUGGGCGAAAGCAGUGUUUGUUGCUUCAGUAAAAUGUUGUGGAAGAUUUGUAGGUGCGGUGAGG